CGGCGGCGGCGGCGGCGGCAGCGGUGGCGGCGGCGGCGGCGGCGCGGGGGUUGAGCCGUGGUGGUGCGGACGCGCUCGUGCUCGGGAACUAUCGGAUUAAACUUGAAUCGAGUGGAAUUACACAAAGGAGCGCAGCGGAGGAGGCGGCCCGGGGACCCGGAGACCCCGCAACUCGCCAGAGCCCCGUCCGCGCGCGGCCAACUCCGCGUCCGUGGAUCAGCCCCCCGGCCGCGGCCGCCGAGCCAACUCCGGAGCCGCUCUGCGUUUUGUUCCCCACGGCGCGCGGCGGCGGACCAGCCCGAGCGAGCGAGCGAGCGAGCGAGCGAGCCGGACCUAUAUCCAGUCCUCGCCUGACACUGCAGGGUCCAGGAGAAUUAAGGAAAUUUAGAAUGACAUGAGGAAGAUUAGUUAAGGAUUAUAGGCUUUGAGGACAAGCACCUCAUUGAAGAAGCACAGACAAGCUCCCAAGCUGUGUUUGGAGGAGCCGUGUGUUGGAAGAAGAUGGCGGAUCCAGGAAUGAUGAGUCUUUUUGGCGAGGAUGGGAAUAUAUUCAGCGAAGGCCUUGAGGGCCUUGGGGAAUGUGGCUACCCUGAAAAUCCAGUGAACCCCAUGGGUCAGCAGAUGCCCAUGGACCAAGGUUUCGCCCCCUUACAGCCGUCCCUUCAUCAUCCUUCCACGAAUCAAAAUCAAACCAAGUUGACCCAUUUUGAUCACUAUAACCAGUAUGAACAAAAGAUGCAUCUGAUGGAUCAGCCUAGUAGGAUGAUGGGCAGUGCCCCUGGGAACGGACUGGCGUCUCCCCACUCGCAGUAUCACACCCCUCCCGUUCCCCAGGUGCCGCACGGAGGUGGCGGCGGCGGUCAGAUGGGAGUCUACCCUGGCAUGCAGAAUGAGCGGCACGGGCAAUCUUUCGUGGAUAGCGGCUCCAUGUGGGGCCCUCGGGCUGUUCAGGUACCAGACCAGAUACGAGCCCCCUACCAGCAACAGCCACCACAGCCAGCUCCGUCGGGGCCGCCGCCGGCACAGGGCCACCCGCAGCACAUUCAGCAGAUGGGCAGCUAUAUGGCACGUGGGGAUUUUUCCAUGCAGCAGCACGGCCAGCCACAGCAGAGGAUGAGCCAGUUUUCCCAGGGUCAGGAGGGCCUCAGUCAGGGGAACCCUUUCAUUGCCACCUCAGGGCCUGGCCACUUGUCGCACAUGCCCCAGCAGAGCCCGAGCGUGGCACCCUCCCUUCGACAUCCAGUGCAGCAGUUCCACCACGCCCCCACCGCUCUCCACGGAGAACCCGUCGCCCACAGUCCCAGAUUCUCCCCAAACCCUCCUCAGCAAGGGGCCGUCAGGCCGCAGACCCUUAACUUCAGUUCUCGGGGCCAGACAGUCCCCUCCCCGACUGUAAACAACUCAGGGCAGUAUUCUCGAUACCCUUACAGUAACCUAAAUCAGGGAUUAGUUAACAGUACAGGGAUGAAUCAGAACUUAGGCCUUACAAACAGUACUCCAAUGAGUCAGUCCGUACCAAGGUACCCCAAUGCCGUAGGAUUCCCAUCAAACAGCGGUCCAGGACGAAUGCACCAGCAGCCCAUCCACGCCAGUGGCUCACUUAACCAAAUGAACACGCAAACUAUGCAUCCUUCACAGUCUCAGGGAACUUACGCCUCUCCACCUCCCAUGUCACCCAUGAAAGCAAUGAGUAAUCCAGCAGGCACGCCUCCUCCGCAAGUCAGGCCCGGAAGUGCGGGGAUGCCAAUGGAAGUUGGCAGUUAUCCAAAUAUGCCCCACCCUCAGCCAUCCCACCAGCCCCCGGGUGCCAUGGGACUCGGGCAGAGGAAUAUAGGCCCUAGAAACAUGCAGCAGCCUCGACCAUUCAUGGGCAUGUCCUCGGCGCCAAGGGAGUUGACCGGGCACAUGAGACCAAAUGGCUGUCCUGGUGUUGGCCUUGCAGACCCGCAGGCAAUCCAGGAACGACUGAUACCCGGCCAACAGCACCCUGGUCAGCAGCCAUCUUUUCAGCAGCUGCCAAGCUGCCCUCCACUACAGCCCCACCCAGGCCUGCACCAGUCUUCCCCUCCACACCCUCAUCACCAGCCUUGGGCACAACUCCACCCGUCACCCCAGAACACCCCGCAGAAAGUGCCUGUGCAUCAGCAUUCUCCAUCGGAGCCCUUUCUAGAGAAGCCAGUGCCGGAUAUGACUCAGGUCAGCGGACAGAAUUCUCAGCUAGUGAAGAGUGACGAUUACCUGCCAUCGAUAGAACAGCAGUCACAGCAGAAAAAGAAGAAAAAGAAAAACAACCACAUUGUUGCAGGGGAUCCCAGUAAAAGUUUUGGUAAAGACGACUUCCCUGGUGGGGUUGAUAGCCAAGAACUAAAUAGGAACUCACUGGAUGGGUCCCAAGAGGAAAAAAAGAAAAAGAAAAGGCCGAAAGUCAAAAAAGAUCCGAAGGAAUUGAAGGAACCGAAGGAGAAGAAAGAGCCCAAGACCCCAAAAGCCCCGAAGAUCCCCAAAGAGCCAAAGGAAAAGAAAGCGAAAACUGCCACACCAAAACCCAAAUCCAGCAAAAAGUCAAGUAAUAAGAAACCCGACUCAGAAGCAAGUACUUUGAAGAAAAAGGUCAACAAAGGAAAAGCAGAAGGUUCAGAAAAUUCAGACUUGGACAAAACACCCCCACCAUCCCCCGCCCCCGAAGAGGAGGAAGACCCAGGUGUUCAGAAGAGGCGCUCCAGCAGGCAGGUGAAGCGGAAGCGAUACACCGAAGACUUGGAAUUCAAGAUUUCUGAUGAGGAGGCAGAUGAUGCAGAUGCUGCUGGGAGAGACUCUCCAUCCAACACCUCGCAGUCGGAACAGCAGGAAUCUGUUGAUGCAGAAGGCCCAGUGGUGGAGAAGAUUAUGAGCAGCCGAUCAGUGAAAAAGCAGAAAGAAUCUGGAGAGGAGGUAGAAGUCGAGGAAUUUUAUGUGAAAUACAAAAACUUCUCUUAUCUUCAUUGUCAGUGGGCAUCUGUAGAAGAUCUAGAGAAAGAUAAGAGAAUUCAGCAAAAGAUAAAACGAUUCAAGUCGAAACAGGGCCAGAACAAAUUCCUUUCAGAGAUUGAGGAUGAUCUUUUUAAUCCCGAUUAUGUGGAAGUUGACCGGAUAAUGGACUUUGCACGUAGCACAGAUGACCGGGGCGAGCCCGUGACUCACUAUCUGGUAAAAUGGUGCUCACUCCCUUACGAAGACAGCACAUGGGAGCUGAGGCAGGACAUAGAUCAAGCGAAGAUCGAAGAGUUUGAAAGACUCAUGUCCAGGGAGCCGGAAACAGAGCGCGUGGAGCGACCUCCCGCUGAUGACUGGAAGAAAUCGGAGAGUUCCAGGGAGUAUAGAAACAAUAACAAACUCAGGGAAUACCAGUUGGAGGGAGUAAACUGGCUGCUUUUCAAUUGGUACAACAUGCGAAACUGCAUUUUAGCAGAUGAAAUGGGUUUGGGAAAGACUAUCCAGUCCAUUACAUUUCUCUAUGAGAUAUAUUUGAAAGGAAUCCAUGGCCCUUUUUUAGUAAUUGCCCCAUUGUCCACGAUCCCCAACUGGGAAAGGGAAUUCCGGACCUGGACGGAGUUAAAUGUGGUUGUGUAUCAUGGGAGCCAAGCUAGUCGUCGGACUAUUCAGUUGUAUGAAAUGUACUUCAAAGAUCCCCAGGGUCGAGUGAUAAAGGGGUCCUAUAAGUUCCAUGCCAUCAUCACUACGUUUGAGAUGAUUCUGACUGACUGCCCUGAGCUGCGCAAUAUCCCCUGGCGCUGUGUGGUCAUUGACGAAGCCCACAGGCUGAAGAACAGGAACUGCAAGCUGCUGGAAGGACUCAAGAUGAUGGACUUGGAACACAAAGUGCUGCUGACGGGGACCCCCUUGCAGAACACCGUGGAAGAGCUCUUCAGCCUGCUUCAUUUCUUGGAGCCAAGCCGCUUCCCUUCAGAAACAACCUUUAUGCAAGAAUUUGGUGAUCUGAAAACGGAAGAGCAGGUGCAAAAACUGCAGGCUAUUCUAAAGCCAAUGAUGUUGAGACGUCUCAAAGAGGAUGUAGAAAAGAACUUGGCCCCCAAAGAAGAAACUAUUAUUGAAGUUGAGCUAACAAACAUUCAGAAGAAAUAUUACCGAGCCAUCCUUGAGAAGAAUUUUACAUUUCUUUCCAAAGGUGGUGGACAAGCUAACGUACCUAACCUUUUAAACACUAUGAUGGAGUUGAGAAAGUGCUGCAAUCAUCCCUAUCUAAUCAAUGGUGCUGAAGAGAAAAUUUUGGAAGAGUUUAAAGAAACACACAAUGCAGAGUCUCCAGAUUUUCAGCUCCAGGCAAUGAUCCAGGCUGCUGGCAAGCUGGUGCUGAUUGACAAGCUGCUGCCAAAGCUGAAGGCUGGUGGCCACAGGGUGCUCAUCUUUUCCCAGAUGGUGCGCUGCUUGGACAUCCUGGAAGACUAUCUCAUUCAGAGACGGUACCCAUAUGAGAGGAUUGAUGGCCGAGUCAGAGGCAACCUCCGCCAGGCAGCCAUUGACAGAUUCUCCAAACCCGAUUCCGAUAGAUUUGUCUUCCUCCUGUGCACAAGGGCAGGAGGUCUGGGCAUUAAUCUCACUGCUGCUGAUACCUGCAUCAUCUUUGACUCUGACUGGAACCCUCAGAACGACCUCCAGGCUCAGGCUAGAUGCCACAGAAUAGGGCAGAGCAAAUCUGUGAAAAUCUACAGGCUGAUUACGAGGAACUCCUAUGAAAGGGAGAUGUUUGACAAGGCUAGUUUGAAGCUGGGUCUGGACAAAGCUGUGUUACAGUCUAUGAGUGGAAGAGAAAAUGCCACAAAUGGGGUACAACAGCUUUCCAAGAAGGAGAUAGAAGACCUUCUACGAAAAGGGGCUUAUGGUGCACUUAUGGACGAGGAAGAUGAAGGCUCUAAAUUCUGUGAGGAGGACAUUGACCAGAUUCUCCUUCGUCGAACCCACACUAUUACCAUUGAGUCGGAAGGAAAAGGUUCCACGUUUGCUAAGGCCAGUUUUGUCGCAUCUGGAAAUAGGACAGACAUUUCUUUGGAUGACCCAAAUUUCUGGCAAAAGUGGGCUAAGAAGGCGGAACUGGACAUCGAUGCCUUAAACGGGAGGAACAACCUGGUUAUUGACACUCCGCGAGUAAGGAAGCAGACCCGGUUGUACAGUGCAGUGAAGGAGGAUGAGCUCAUGGAGUUCUCUGACCUGGAAAGUGAUUCUGAGGAAAAACCAUGCACAAAGCCACGGCGCCCCCAGGAUAAGUCACAGGGCUACGCCCGGAGUGAGUGUUUCCGCGUGGAGAAGAAUCUGCUAGUCUAUGGCUGGGGCCGCUGGACAGACAUCCUGUCCCAUGGACGCUACAAACGUCAGCUCACUGAGCAAGACGUAGAAACCAUCUGUAGGGCCAUCCUGGUGUACUGCCUCAAUCACUACAGAGGAGAUGAGAACAUCAAGAGCUUUAUCUGGGACCUGAUCACUCCCACAGCUGAUGGCCAGACUCGAGCCCUGCUCAAUCAUUCUGGUCUGUCGGCCCCGGUGCCGAGGGGCAGGAAGGGGAAGAAGGUGAAGGCCCAGAGUACGCAGCCCGUAGUGCAGGAUGCUGACUGGCUGGCAGGCUGCAACCCAGAUGCCCUGUUCCAAGAGGACAGCUACAAGAAGCACUUGAAGCAUCACUGCAACAAGGUCCUGCUGCGUGUCCGCAUGCUGUACUACCUAAGACAAGAAGUGAUAGGCGACCAAGCAGAUAAGAUCCUCGAGGGUGCUGACUCAAGUGAGGCAGACGUGUGGAUCCCUGAGCCUUUCCAUGCUGAAGUUCCUGCAGACUGGUGGGAUAGAGAAGCAGAUAAAUCCCUCUUAAUUGGAGUGUUCAAACAUGGCUAUGAGAAGUACAACUCCAUGCGAGCUGACCCUGCACUGUGCUUUCUGGAACGAGUGGGUAUGCCCGAUGCCAAGGCCAUCGCUGCCGAGCAAAGAGGGACAGACAUGCUAGCAGAUGGUGGGGACGGUGGAGAAUUUGAUAGAGAAGAUGAAGAUCCAGAAUACAAACCAACCAGAGCGCCAUUCAAGGAUGAGAUAGAUGAAUUUGCGAAUUCUCCCCCGGAGGAUAAGGAAGAGCCCUUGGAAAUGCACAGUACAGGCAAGCUCGGCGAGAGCAGUGCUGAGCUAGGUCAACUCUACUGGCCCAACACGUCAACCCUGACCACACGUCUGCGCCGCCUCAUUACUGCCUAUCAGCGCAGCUAUAAAAGGCAACAAAUGAGGCAAGAGGCCCUAAUGAAGACAGACCGGCGGAGACGGCGGCCUCGGGAGGAAGUGCGAGCUCUGGAGGCCGAAAGGGAAGCUAUUAUAUCGGAGAAAAGGCAAAAGUGGACCAGGAGAGAGGAAGCUGACUUUUACCGCGUGGUAUCCACCUUCGGGGUUAUUUUUGACCCCGUGAAGCAGCAGUUUGACUGGAACCAAUUCCGCGCCUUUGCCAGGCUAGACAAAAAAUCUGACGAGAGUUUGGAGAAGUACUUCAGCUGCUUCGUGGCCAUGUGCAGGCGGGUAUGCAGAAUGCCCGCCAAGCCUGAGGAUGAGCCACCUGACCUGGCCUCCCUCAUCGAGCCCAUCACCGAGGAACGAGCAUCUAGGACCCUGUACCGCAUCGAGCUGCUGCGCAAGAUCCGAGAGCAAGUCCUCCACCACCCUCAGCUGAGUGACAGACUGAAGCUCUGUCAGCCCAGUCUAGACCUGCCUGAGUGGUGGGAAUGUGGACGGCACGACAGGGACCUUCUGGUGGGCGCUGCUAAGCACGGGGUCAGCCGGACAGACUACCACAUCCUCAAUGACCCCGAGUUGUCCUUCCUAGAUGCACAUAAAAGCUUUGCCCAGAACCGUGGGGCCGGUUCUGUUUCUUCUUUGAAUGCUUUGGCCGUGGGCUUUGGCCAGACUCCUCCAGCCAUUUCCUCGGCUCAUGCUCACGAAGAGAAGGUAAUUGAGCAGGCCGAAGGCAAGGCAGAGGAAUCUGAACACUCACCAGCCAGAGAGAGGUCGGAAGGGAAAGAGGAGGAGGAAGAAGCUGGUGGUGAGGCCAAGGACAGCAAGCAGGAUUGUGAGGCCGAGGCCAUCUCUCUGAAAAAUGAACUCAAAGGCAUGGAGGGCAGUACGGACCCUGGGUCCAAAUCUGUCUCAGAGAAAGGCUCAGAAGAGGAUGAGGAAGAAAAGCUGGAGGACGAUGAUAAGUCAGAGGAGUCGUCGCAGCCAGAAGGAGCUGUCUGCAGAGGAAAAAAUUUCGAUGAAGAAAGCAAUGCCUCUCUGAGCACUGCGAGGGAUGAAACCCGAGAUGGAUUCUAUAUGGAGGACGGAGAUCCUUCGGUGGCUCAGCUCCUUCAUGAACGGACAUUCGCCUUCUCCUUCUGGCCCAAGGACAGAGUAAUGAUAAACCGAUUAGACAACAUCUGUGAGGCUGUACUGAAAGGCAAAUGGCCAGUAAACCGGCGCCAGAUGUUUGAUUUCCAGGGCCUCGUCCCUGGCUACACGCCCGCCGCCAUGGACAGUCCCCUGCAGAAGAGGAAUUUUACAGAGCUCUCCAUGGUCAGCCAAGCCAGCAUCAGCCGGAGUGAGGACAUUACCACUUCUCCUCAGUUGUCCAAGGACGAUGCCCUUAACCUGUCUGUCCCUCGCCAACGGCGGCGGCGAAGGAGAAAAGUCGAAAUAGAGGCUGAACGAGCUGCCAAGAGGCGAAAUCUUAUGGAGAUGGUUGCACAGCUUCGAGAGUCUCAGGUGGUCUCAGAAAAUGGACAAGAAAAAGUUGUGGACUUAUCAAAGGCCUCAAGAGAGGCGACAAGUUCUACCUCAAAGUUCUCAUCUCUUACUUCGAAGUUUAUCUUGCCUAGCAUGUCUACACCAGUGUCUGAUGCCUUUAAGACUCAGAUGGGGCUGCUGCAAACGGGCCUUUCACGAACACCAACAAGGCAUCUGCUCAACGGCUCACUGAUGGACGGAGAGCCCCCCAUGAAGAGGAGGCGGGGCAGGAGGAAAAACGUGGAGGGCCUCGACCUGUUUUUCAUGAGCCACAAACGGACAGCCUUAAGUGCAGAGGAUGCUGAGGUGACCAAAGUUUUUGAAGAAGAUAUAGAGACCCCACCAAUACGAAACAUUCCUUCUCCUGGACAGCUGGACCCUGACACCCGGAUCCCUGUGAUGAACCUUGAGGAUGGGACAAGGCUGGUGGGAGAAGACGCCCCUAAAAACAAGGACUUGGUUGACUGGCUGAAGCUGCAUCCUACCUACACUGUUGAUAUGCCCAGUUAUGUACCAAAGAAUGCAGAUGCGCUGUUUUCCUCGUUUCAGAAACCGAAACAGAAGCGACAUAGAUGUCGGAACCCUAAUAAAUUGGAUAUAAACACUUUGACAGGAGAGGAGAGGGUUCCAGUUGUUAACAAGCGGAACGGGAAGAAGAUGGGUGGAGCCAUGGCCCCUCCGAUGAAGGACCUGCCCAGGUGGCUGGAGGAGAACCCUGAGUUUGCAGUCGCUCCAGACUGGACCGACAUAGUCAAGCAGUCUGGUUUUGUCCCCGAAUCAAUGUUUGAUCGACUUCUCACCGGACCCGUGGUUCGGGGAGAAGGGGCCAGCCGGAGAGGACGGAGGCCCAAAAGCGAGAUGGCCCGGGCUGCUGCGGCGGCGGCGGCGGUGGCCUCCACCUCGGGCAUCAACCCUCUGCUGGUGAACAGCCUGUUCGCUGGGAUGGACCUGACGAGCCUCCAGAGCCUCCAGAACCUGCAGUCCCUGCAGCUGGCGGGGCUCAUGGGCUUCCCUCCGGGCCUGGCCACGGCCGCCACGGCGGGAGGCGACGCCAAGAGCCCUGCCGUGCUGCCCCUGAUGCUGCCGGGCAUGGCCGGCCUGCCCAACGUCUUCGGGCUGGGCGGGCUGCUCAACAGCCCCCUCUCCGCUGCCGCCGCUGGAAGCAGCACGCCUGCUCCUACGCAGGGGCAGGGGCAGGGGCCGGGGGAGCCGGACGACGGCGCCCCCAAAGCGGACGAGAAAGGAAACGGCGGCGAGAGCCACGAAGAGAACGGAGACUGUGAGAAAAGCACAGAUGCAGCCGCCCCUGCAGCCCCUGCAGCCCCGGCCGCCGACUCUGCAAACAACGGAUCUGUUGGUGCUGCUACCGCCCCGGCUGCAUUGCCCUCCAACCCGCUGGCCUUCAACCCGUUCCUGCUGUCCACCAUGGCCCCGGGCCUCUUCUACCCAUCCAUGUUUCUACCUCCGGGGCUGGGGGGAUUGACGCUGCCCGGCUUCCCAGCGCUGGCCGGGCUGCAGAGCGCCAUGGGUGUGAGUGAGGAAAAGGCCGCCGCCGCCGACAAGGCGGAGGGGGGUCCCUGCAAAGAGCCCGGAGACACCCCCGAAGGUGGCAGCGACGCCGAGGGGAGCCUGGACAAGACUGCAGAGUCCUCCGUCUUGGAAGACGAGGUUGCACAGGGUGAAGAGCUGGACUCCCUCGAAGGCGGGGAUGAGAUCGAGAACAACGGAAAUGACGAGUGACAGCAGCAGCUCCUCUGCCCGCUCGCUCCAAGUGUUGAAAACUGUUGACAGGUGGUAGUCCUACUGUUUACACUCACAGUUAAUGUUCAUACCUAGUUUUAUAAGCUGUUCUGUAACAUAGCGUAGCAAAAGGGAGAAAAAAAAGAAAAGAAAAAAGAGAAAAAAAAAAGGAAAAAAAGUCCAAGUCAUGUUAUAUGCAGGUGUGUCCGAAGGUAUCUUGGUCAUUAAGUAUUGUGCAGUGCAUUAUUUAUUAUCCCUAGGAAAGAUGAAAUUUGAGAGGUGAUCAUGUCUUUUUAAGGAAACUUAACAUAAUGCUCUGCUUUUCUUUGGGUACCGCUGGUAUUAUAAUAAAGAGCAAUUUGUAACAGAGCGGCACUACUGGAAGGAAGCGCUGCUCCGACGAAGUAUGAAGUUAUAUAUUUAAUUUUUUUAAUUUUAAUUUUUUUUUUUUUGCUGUGAAGGUCAAGAUGAAAUUUACCAUACAUAUCAUAACUUGCUCAUUCGUUUCCCUUUCUGACUGUAUGGGGGUUCCCACAUUGCGCAUACACACACAUCCAUACACUCUGACAAUCUCCACAUUAGUGUGAACGCCUCUACCCCGAGGCGCAGCAAUAAUAAGGCAGCUGUUGAAUGUGAAGGGUCCCUUUGGAAAACUAACCUACUGGGAGGGUUCUUGCCAGACAACUGGAGCUCCAUUGGCUUGUGGUCUUGUGAUGCACUGGUAUAAACAAAAUAAAUAGAAGAAUAAAUAAAAGAGAGAGAAGUGAGAAUCAGGUACCUUUCUUUUUUUUUUUUUUUUCUUUCUUUCUUUUUUUUUUUUUUUUUUUUUUUUCUUUUUUAAAUUAAAGGACUUUGUUACUUUAGCCACAAAGCUAAAACAGCAUUACCUCAGCUCUAAACUAGCCUUGAAGUUUACAGACAGGACUUUGUAAAUGUUUUUCUUUGUUGUGAUGUCCUUUUAUUUUUUUUUUCUCUGAAAACUGCUAUCAUGUAAGAUAAAAUGUAAAUUGCUGCCAACUGUAGUAAUGAUGCUUUUAAUAAAAGUGACCCAUGAUAUGCA